AUGAUGUCACCGUCCUCUAAUACAAUUGAAGAUGUCCCUAGUGUUGAGCUACAAAUCGUUCAAGAAAUAGUGGAAAGUGUAGAACAAGUUACAUUCCGCGGUUCUGGAUUUACGCUCGCCCGCAUAAUCGAAUUGAAUGUUCACGUCAACUUAUAUAACCCAUUACACGGUUCAUCGUAUAUUCAAACUCCUAAAAAACUACGGUAUAAAAAAGCAAUUAUCAACGUACAAAAUGAACAUGAUGAAAUGUGCUUCAAAUGGGCUAUUUUAUCUGCUUUACACCCGGUAACUGAUCAUCCAGAGCGAGUUCGUCAUUAUUAUCAAUAUGAGAACGAAUUGAAUUUUGAUGGAAUCGAUUUUCCCGUUCGCUUCAACCAAAUCGACAAAUUUGUUCGACAAAACAACAAUAUAUCGAUAAAUUUAUACUAUUACGAUGAUGAAAAUGAGGGUCGCAUAUGUCCAUUACGUGUGAGUAAUGAAGUUAAGCAGCAUCAUAUUCAUUUGCUGCUAAUCAAAAACAGAGAAAGUGUUAAUAAAAUAGCUAGCACUUCCAACAUGAUUAAGGAGAUCUACAAUAAUGAUUCAAUUCGAACUCAUUACUGUUGGAUAAAAAAUUUGAGCCGUCUUGUCAGCAGUCAGCUAAGUAAUCAUAAAUCUCGAUAUUUCAUUUGCGAUCGAUGCCUAAUAUUUUAUGAUACAAAUGAAAAAUUAUCGAAACAUAUUGCAAAAUGUACAAACGAGUGUAGCAUUGAAAUGCCCGAUCAAACAUGGAAAUGGAUGAAAUUUGACAACUAUGAACAUCAGCUGAAAGCACCAUUUGUUAUAUACGCUGAUACUGAAGCGUAUCUCAAGGAGCUCAGUAUGGAAGAUCAGAAACGUAUAUUUAGUGAGGAAUGUGCAACAAGCGCAUAUCAGCAGCAUCAUAUGUACAGCGUUGGAUAUUACUUUAAAUGUGGAUUUGACGACUCAUUUUCAUAUUACCGAGGCAGCGGCAAUCGUACCGAUUGCGUCGAAAGGUUCAUCGCAGAAUUGAAAGAAAUUGCUCAUGGAGUUGCAAGAGGUCCAGCCCAUCAAGCAUGCAACUUACAGUUCCAAGAUAGCCACGUUGUACCCGUUAUUAUGCACAAUUUGUCGGGUUACGACUCACAUUUAUUCAUAAAAGAGUUGGCAGCAAAUAAUAUUAUGAAUGGAGAUGUUUCAAUUAUUCCAGCUAAUGCGGAACAAUACAUCGCUUUCACAAAAGUAGUGACAGGGAGUACACGCGGGCUUAAUACGAGAGAAAACGUAAAAUUUAAAUUCAUUGAUUCAUGCCGAUUCAUGCCUGCAUCUCUAGCUGAGUUAGCAUCACUACUACCAGCAGAUAAAAAACAAAUAUUGUAUAACGAAUGUGAGAAAAAUGGCUACACACCAGAACAAAUCGCUAUGCUUGAACGUAAAGGCGUUUUUCCUUAUGAAUAUGUGAGCGGUAUGGAGCAGCUGAAGGAGGCAAAUCUACCAUCAAAGGAAGAUUUUUACAGCCAACUUAGUGGAGAAGGAAUAUCGGAAGACGAUUACCAAUUUGCUCACGAUAUCUGGCGGAAAUUCAACUGUAAAACGCUCGGAGACUAUUCCGAACUAUAUCUAAAGACUGAUGUGCUACUAUUGGCCGACGUAUUUGAAAAUUUUCGAAAUACAUGCUAUACAAUUUACAGUUUGGAUCCGGCAAACUACUAUACAGCUCCAGGUCUUUCGUGGGAUGCCAUGCUCAAAUAUACCGGAGUGAGAAUUGAACUGUUAACUGAUGUGGAAAUGUUGCUGUUCAUCGAACGUGGAAUUCGCGGUGGCAUAAGUCAGUGCAGUAAACGUCAAGUCAAAGCCAACCAUAAAUACAUGGGAGAUGUAUACAAUGAUGAGAAACCGUCAAAUUAUUUAAUGUAUUUAGAUGCAAAUAAUCUGUAUGGACAUGCAAUGUCACAACCAUUACCGCUGAGGGAUUUCAAAUGGAUUGAUGACAAAAUUGUAAAGACAUCUUUUUCGAAUGCAGAUGAAAUAGUCAAAUUAGCUGACGAUUCGGAAUAUGGCUAUAUAUUCGAGGUGGAUCUACAAUAUCCAAAAAAUUUACAUGCUACACAUAAUGAUUUUCCAUUUUGUGCUGAAAAGCGAACGCUUCCGCAAAAAGUGUUCGAUAUUAUCGGCAUAAAACCGAAUAAAAUCGAUAAAUUAUUGUUAACGUUAUACGAUAAAGAAAAUUAUAUCAUUCAUUAUCGCAUGCUCAAAUUAGCAUUACAACACGGUCUAGUAUUGAAAAAAGUACAUCGAGUACUUCAAUUCGAACAAAGUUGCUGGUUAAAGCCCUACGUCGAUAUCAACACACAACUACGUACACAAGCUACCAACGACUUUGAAAAGUCGUUUUUUAAAUAUAUGAUAAACUCCGUCUUUGGUAAAACGAUGGAGAAUCUGCGUUUACGUGCAGAUAUCAAACUUGUCAACAAGUGGGGUGGGCGAUGUGGUGCAAGCAUGUUAAUUGCUCGACCAAAUUUCAAGAAAUGCAAGAUUCUCAAUGAAGAUUUAGCAGUAAUUGAGUUACAGAAAACUCAUAUUAAAAUGAAUAAACCAAUAAUUAUCGGUAUGUCCAUCUUAGACAUAUCGAAAAUAACGAUGUACAGUUUUCUGUACGACUUUUUAAAACCUAAAUAUGGAAAAAAUUGUACGGUUGCCUAUACAGACACCGACUCUUUUAUACUUUCCGUUCAAACAGAUGAUUUCUAUAAUGACAUGAAGCAACACUUGAAUCGCUACGAUACAAGCGAUUAUACGGAAAACAAUGUUUUCCAAAUACCUCGAAGCAAUAAAAAAGUACCCGGUCUUUUCAAAGAUGAAUUAAACGGAGAGAUUUUAGCAGAAUUUGUCGGUCUACGUGCAAAAUGCUACGCUGUACUACCGUUUACAGCUAAAAUGGAAAAAUGUGAAUGUCCAGAAAGAGCUGUCGCACCUCGCGUUAUAACAGAUAGUGACUAUGUUGACUGCAUCGAAAAGAAUUGUAACAUCGAUAAAAAAUCCAAAGUUAUUAAAAAGUCUAAAGGUAUCAAAAAGAAUAUAGUGAAACGUAAAAUUGACUGUAUCGAGAAAAAUUGUAAUAUUUUACGUGAACAGCAUAACCUUCGCUCGAAAUCACAUCAAAUAUUCACAAUUAAACAGAAAAAAAUUGCUUUAAAUCCGUUCGACGAUAAGCGUUACCUUAUUCGUUCGAAUGGUAUUGAUACGCUAGCUUGGGGUCAUCAUGAAAUUAGUGAGAUUGAGAAAAUUUAUUGUUAG